AUGGCUCAGGUUGAAAUUCUUUCUGCUUUGAACCCACUCGACCACUUCAUUUCACGCAACUUCCAAAAUUUCCCUGGAAAUUUAGACGCCUCUUUCGACCCCGUGGUUCAGGAUCUGUCACCAUUGAUUGACGUAGCAACCAAUGACACCGCAGGAGAGAACCGGCUAGAUGAUGACAAAAUAUUUUCUUCUCUGCCCCCGCUGUUUAGGGGACACCCGGAAAUCCAUCUCCGCAAAGGCAUCAUAGAUGCCGCAAUGCGGGCUGGGGCGAACGAGGUUGAUGCAGAAAGAGCCUUUUUCGUGGCUGAUCUCAGCCAAGUCUAUCGCCAACAUGAGCGAUGGGUGAAGAAUCUCCCAGAGAUUGUCCCACAUUACGCGGUCAAGUGUAACCCGGAUCCAUACGUUAUAAGGCUUCUCGCUGCUUUAGGGGCUGGCUUUGACUGCGCAUCCAACGGGGAAAUCUCCCAGGUCCUCAGCAUUGGCGGUGUCGAUCCAUCGAGGAUCAUCUUUGCCAACCCUUGUAAAGCCACGUCUUUCGUGCGGAGCGCUGCAAGAGCCGGUGUCAACACUAUGACGUUCGACAAUGAAGAUGAAUUGUACAAAAUUGCGCGCGCCCAUCCGGGUGCCAAACUUAUCGUUCGUAUUCUCGCGGAUGAUUCCAAAAGUAUCUGUCGGUUCGGUAUCAAAUUUGGAGCACCCCUUGAGGCUGUUCCCGGCCUCUUGUCGAAGGCUAAGGAACUCGGGCUAGACGUGAUUGGGGUCAGUUUCCACGUUGGAAGUGGCUGCUAUGACCCAACCACCUACGGGGAUGCCAUUAGGCGCGCCCGGGACGUUUUCAUCAUGGGGUCUCAAGCUGGCUAUCAAUUCAGCCUGCUAGAUGUCGGCGGUGGCUUUGAAGAUGCACGAUUUGAAGCCGCUGCAUCUGUUUUGACCGACGCCAUUAAUCAAUACUUUCCUGACCGUAAAGGUAUCAGGCUAAUUGCCGAGCCUGGCCGUUUCUAUGUAUCCAGAGCGUUCAGUCUUGCUGCGAACAUCAUCGCACGCAGGGCGCCAAUGAUAGAGAGUUCUCUAGAGCCCUUGAAUGCGAAGCCAAGUUCGGAUGAACCAAGUGUCAUGUACUACAUCAAUGAUGGCGUGUACGGGGCGUUCAACUGCAUCAUGUUUGAUCACCAGACCGUGAACCCCUACGUUCUUUCCCUUAACGGGUCAUUCCACAUCUCUCCCUCGGAGGCUUUGUCACUCUGCAGCGUAUGGGGGCCGACGUGUGACUCUAUUGACUGCGUGUGCAAGGCAGUUGAAUUGCCAAGCGCGCUUCAAAUUGGAGACUGGCUUGGGUUCGACAACAUGGGCGCAUACACUAUAUGCGCUGCGAGCCAGUUCAACGGAUUCAAGUUCAGCAACGUGAUCUAUACUACCAGCAAAGGUGGUGGAGACGAGACCCGGCGGGCACUGUGGAAUUUUGCUGCCAAGGGAUAUGGACACGGCGGUGGACCUUGUUAG